GAAACGACGUAUCCAAAAGCAUUCAAUCUUCAGAUACAAGACAUGGUUGUAGUUUUUUUAAAAUGAAAAUAAAUCUAAUGGUAAUUAAAUUAUUAUAUAAUUGUAAUUAUUCAAUUAUCGUUUUUAAAUAAACAAAAUUUACUCAUCUAAACUCAUAUAUAUUUUAAUUUAUACAUUAAAACUCGUUGGUACUUCCAAUUCACCUUGAAAAAAUAUAUAUAUUAAACCCCCUGUGAUUUAAUGUUAUUUAAUGUAGAAAAAUGUUUAAAGUUGGGUGUGUUGUUAUCUGUAUUGUCAUCUGUGUUGACAUCACAAAUAGUUUCUGUGCUUUCAGUGCGUACUGUGAUUAUGGAGAUGAUAAACACAUUGUGGAUGAAUCCCAGAACUGCACAAAGAUCUAUCAGUUAUUAAUUGUGUGGACGAGCUAACGCCAGGAAGUUUUGAUAAUAUGGUCAGACUGAAUGAAUUAAUCUUAGAUAACAACGAUAUUGAGAAAGUACCCUGCAACUGCUUCAACAAUUCAAAUUUGGUAACGUUGAAGAUGUUGGAAUGCAAGAUUGAAUCAUUUGAAGGGAAACUUGGCUAUUUACCUAUGUUGUUGAGGUUGGUGUUGAAGUACAACAAUUUGACAGACUUCUCCUCAGAAGUACUGAGCCAUCCUGAGAACUUACGGUAUUUGGAUUUAGAGUAUAACCAACUAACGAUUUUGACUUAUGGAAUGUUCUGUGGGUUAAAAAAACUAAAUAUACUAAAUCUUGCUUUCAACAAAAUUAAUUUCAUCGAACCAGAUUCUUUUGCUACCAUGCCACGACUGAACUCUUUAGGAUUAACAGGAAACAACAUACAAAUUUUAACAGGCAGCGAAUUCCCAAGAACAGGCUUUCAACAUUUAAAACUGUUGUACUUGGGGAACAACAGACUCAUGUUUUUGCAUUCGAAUUUUUUGUCCAAAUUAGGAACGGAUCUGGACAUUGAAUUAGGCGGGAAUCCGUGGCACUGUCAGUGUUUAGAUAUAUUGAUGAAAUAUUUGGAGACCCGAAAUAUUUCCGUAACUGAUUGGGACCAUAAGUUAGCCGGUUUCAGUGAUGUGCCCUUCUGUAUUUUGCCUUCAGACAGUGAUUGUGAUUACAAAUACAAUUUGCCUUUGGUGCAUAAAUAUCUAAACGAAAUAGAGAUGAAAAAGGUGUUUAUGAAUUUAGACGUUUCGGCGGUGAUAUCAGGAUUUGGACCACCAGUUUAAAAUAUAAAUUUUGAAAUAAAUAUUUAUAAUAAUAU